GUAAGGAGUGAAGACCAUGUCUCUUUCUCUCUCUCUCUCUGCUCCGCGUCUCUGAUUUUGAUGCAUGCAAAGGGACAGGCGCGAGGGUAUCAGUUCGUACGAGUAGGAGCAGGCGAGUGUGAUUUCACUGCCACUAUGUCCCCUCCUCCUGCUCUCUCUCUCUCUCCUCACCUCAUCAGCACGGGCUCUCUCUCGGCUUCCUCCCCGCCUCUCCUCUCCUUGCUUCUCGUCUCGCACUCUCGCAGCACGACGCCAUUGUGGAGUGUGAGAGGGAGACAGACAGGUAAAGAGACGAGGAGGAGGAAUAGAGAGACACGAGACACAGCCAGCCAAAGGCGAAAGGGAGAGAGAAAAAGGUAAGGGGCGUGGGUGUGGUGGUGUGCCGGGCCGGAGGUGUUCGUCGGCUUGUCGCAUUGCUCUGCUCGCUUCCCUUCCCCCACCCCGGCCCUUUCCUCCCCGCCUUAUUUCUUGCCCACGAGCUGGACGAGCCAGCUGCUGCGUUUCGUUCAUCCGAGCGGCGCGGCACGCCGUGCUCGUUUCCUCUUCCUCCACACGAGACGCGGACGCCUCGCUGAGAACGGGAGGGGCUGCUCUGUUGCUGUAGAUACCGGGCGAGGGCGGCGUGAUCUCGGGUUCGACGCCGCGGGCGGGACGCGAUGGCUUUGUGACCUUCUUGUCCUCUUCUUGACGCCCCCCCCCGACCGGUUUCAGGCGGUUGCGUCCGCGGCGUGGCGUGGGGCGAUGCUGCGGAGGAUGGUGCCCGACCCGUCGUCCCCGGACUCCUCCGGCGGGGGCGGGGACGCUCGGCCCCGUGGCGGCGGCGGCGCGCUGUUCGCCGUGCCGCGCCUCUUCGUCGGGUUCGCCGCCAAGCGCGUGGCGCCCGACGGGGAGUCGUCGAGGAGCCCGACGUCGCCGCUGGACCCCAAGGCGCUGCUGCUCCGGUCGCCGCGCUCGCCGAGGAGGACCUGGGGCGCGCCGGGCCUCGUCGACGCGCUGGCCGCCGACACCGCGGCCGCCAACUGCCUGCUCAGCCCGCGCCUGCGGCUCGUCAGGCAGCACAGCUCCCCGCCCAAGGGCUGCGGCGGGCACUCGCAGCCGGAGCUCGGUAAGACGAUGUCCUGCUGCCCCGCGCCUGACACUGCCGCGGCCGGCGCCGGCGCCGGCGCAGGCAUGUCGGUGCCGUGCCCGUGCAGCAGGUUCCAGUUACGCCACGGGGAUCUGAAGUCUGGUCCUGAGGCCACCGGGUCGGCCGACACCGGCGCUCACCUCGCCAGCAAGCGCCACUCGUUCGACCUCGGCAAGCUCCCGGGCCCGGGCUCGCUGCCAGUGCCGGCGUCGGCGUCGGCGUCGUCGAGCGCCGCCCGGCGCUUCGUCGGCUCUGUCUCCGCGAGCGAGAUCGAGCAGUCGGAGGACUACACCCGCAUCAUCGCGCGCGGCCCCAACCCCAAGACGACGCACAUCUUCGGCGACUGCAUCCUGGAGCCCCGUACGGUCGGGUGCGGUGACAGCAAGGCCGUGGAGUCGGGGGAAGGAGGCGCCGGGUGCUACUUCGUGGUCAAGCGCGCCGCCCCGGGCGCCGGUGACUUCCUCAGCUCCUGCUUCGCGUGCAAGAAGAAGCUUGAAGGCAACGACAUUUACAUCUACCGCGGGGAGAAGGCGUUCUGCAGCGCCAAUUGCCGGGACCAGGAGAUCCAGCUGGAGGAGGAAGCCGAGAACAACACGAGCAGCGGCUCCCCUGGGUCCUCCUCCUCCUCCUCGUCGUCCUCCAACGACGACAUCUUCAUGGCCGGCAUGGUGGUCGCGACGUGACCUCCACCCACCGGCCCACCACCGCGCCGUUUCGCCGCCGCAGGCGUUUUUUUCCAUCCCUCCUCCAAGUACGACAGUGGGACAGGCGAUCCUAGCCGAUCUCGUUCACGGUUCAGUGCGCAUCGCCGCCGUCGUCGUCACCAGUCUGUUGCUUUUGGUUCAGCAAACUGUACUACGUGAUGGAGGAGCCGAGAAGGAAGAAAACGGUGAAAUGCUCUGCUGUGCUCAUGGUGGGUCAUUGUCGCCAGUCGUCCUGGGAACCUGCGGAAGAUCUGCAUUAUUUUUUUUUUCAGAAAGAAAGAGAGAGGAGAGAGGAGGUCGCCUGCCACUGUAGUUCUGAUCCAAAGGCUGCCGGCCGGGCAGUGGUGGUGCCCCCGCCAUCCCUUUCCUCGCUCGCUUUUCUUCCUACUCGUAGCAGCAGUGUCUGUCCGGUGUCUGCGCAUCGCAUUGCGUUGCCACAGCUACUGUCUUCUGAGAUAAUGACAUCGAGCUGCUUUGAGUCAUUUC